UUAACAGUCUACAAUAUAACUUUUCUUCAUGGGUUCCCCUGCUCGUCUAAGACAUUACAUGAAUGACGAUGGACCAUUAAUUCUGGACGGCGGACUAGCAACUGAACUGGAAGCGCAAGGAGUUCAUUUACAGGGAGAUCCUUUGUGGAGCGCCAGGCUCCUGCAUACAAAUCCCCAGGCCAUAAGAGACGCCCACUACAGGUAUCUCCUCAGUGGUUCUGAUGUCAUCACAACAGCCACAUACCAGGCGAGUAUUACAGGAUUCAUCAGUCACCUGGAUGUGAGCUCUGAACGAGCCAGAGAGCUCCUGAUGUCUGGAGUUCAUCUGGCCAGAGAGUCCGUAGAGAGAUUUAUCUCUCAAAGUCAUACGACAGGGCAGAGACGUCUUUUGGUGGCAGGCUCUGUGGGACCAUAUGGAGCCUUUCUGUGCGACGGAUCAGAGUACACGGGGUCUUAUGCAAAGGACAUGAGUGUGGAGGAUCUUAAAGUCUGGCACCGGCCUCAGAUCGAAUGUUUAGCAGCAGCAGGAGCCGAUCUUGUUGCUUUGGAGACGAUCCCCAGUAUCAAAGAGGCAGAGGCUCUGGUGGAGCUGCUCAGAGAGUUUCCAAACUCUAAAGCCUGGCUCGCCUUCUCUUGUAAGGAUGAGAAGCAUAUAUCAGACGGCAGCCUGUUCACGGAUGCGGUGCAGGUUGCUAACAGAUCCCCUCAGCUGGUUGCUGUCGGACUGAACUGUUGUUCACCUGAGCUGGUGGAGCCGCUGCUGGACUCUGCCGGGUCUCUGCUGAACCCGGACCUGAGCUGGGUGGUUUAUCCUAACAGUGGAGAGGAUUGGGACAGACAGCAGGGGUGGCACUCUUCAGAGAAAACAGCAGCAUCAAUACUUAAACUGAGUCACACGUGGAGGAAACAAGGAGCUGCUUUGAUCGGGGGCUGCUGUCGUAUCAGUCCUGCUGACAUAUCAGACUUAAGACAGGAGCUGAAGGGAAGCUGCACGCCUGCAGUGCAACAGGACUGAACAUGUGACUGUUGUAAAGAAAGACCUCUGUAACAGGAGUUCAUAUAAAUCUGAAUUUAUUGUAAAAUUAAAUAAAUAAACAACUACAUCAAAUCACAAACAUGACUAACAUGUUGGAUCAAAAGACAAAUGGCACCGUGCAGGUGUCGUGACGAGAACAAAGUGUGGCUGAAUAAAACAUGAAAAUAAACCAUGCAGGCGUCGACUCUC